AUGGUCGAACAGUGGCCGAGCGCUUCUCUGCCGAUGCCGACGGAUUUUCGUCGCUGCGAUCAAAGAUGUAGUUCGGUUCGGUCAAGGGGGGAUUUCGCUUUGAAUUCUGGCGGCAGAGGCCAGGCUGAAACACGUCGAGGAGUUGGGAUGUUCGAGGGUCACAGGAAGGACUUGGCUUGUUGGGUUUGUCAGGAGUCGCUGCAGAGGGCCGUUAGGUCGGUUACCGGUAGGGGCACGGCAGGGUGGAGUUCAGAGGAUUCAAUGAAAACGAAAAGAGAGAUUGGAAAGAUGGCCAAAAUGGGCACCUCAAAUGAUAAACGAUCGGAUGAAAAAAAAGAGGGAACCCAGGACAUGGCCCUGCGGAGUGGGAUGUUGCAGGCAGGACUGGGGUUUGGCAGCUGGUCCGCGGAGUCAAUCAGCCCUUUCAGCCCAGCCCCACGUGGGUCCGCCAGGCUCAUGGACCAGGGAGAAGCUCUGGGGGUUAUUUCUUUGAGUGCUCGCACGACAGCUGGUCUUCGAUCGUCAAAGUUGACCAUGGGCUCCUCCGAUGCGCCUCGCUACGCCGGGAGCAACACCGGGAGCAACUCCGGGAGCAACUCCGGGCUGGGGCAGGCUCCUUCGUUCUUUGCCGAAAUCCCGCUUCGUAAAAUCAAGAAAAGACAAAAGAGUAAAGAAGGCAAAGAGAAGAGGACUGCGACCGGCAAUAUCGCACAUACCGAGUUCCCCAUCCCCAACAUCCCACCGCCCGCCCAACCCGCAAGACCACCCUCCCCGCGAUUCCUCGCCCCACUCCCUUCCUCCGACCCGUUUGAUGCGCCAGACCAGGUAGAAACGUCGUCAUCACAAGGGACAAAUAAGGAGAAUACCGACCCAUAUCUACCCUCCGCCACUACUGGCGCCAGUGCCAGCACGAACGUUGCGCCCGGCUCGAGCACGCCCACUCAGCAGCCCACAUCCACCGAUUCCCUCCCGAAGCCCAUCGCCGAUAUGCUUGAUGAGAUUCUAUCCAUCCUGCGCACGAAUUUUCCCCAGUACCCGCCGCACACUGUCCAACGGCUAUCCGAGCUAGUCCUGCGCCCACGGCAACACUAUCGCCACCUAGUACCCUAUCUCCACGCACUUGACCGUGUUGUUCACGUAACAAGCGGCGCGAAUGUCUACCCGCUUCCCCCGGCGCUUCCCGACGUAGGGGCCAUGUCACUCCUAGCGAAUGGUGCAGGCGGUGGCAGCGCAGGCAAUUUGUCUAUCGACACAGCGGCGGCCAACAGUCUGGGUUCGGACGAGGCAUUGGGCGGGGCUUUGUUGACGCCAAUCCCCUGGCUGACAAGGAGAGCAAACGGGAGUGGCAGCGAAGACGGAAGCGAAGUGGGCGGCUCAUCCCCGCUAUCAGCGGGUGAGAAUCCCGAGCGGCAGUUCCAGGCCCAGCAUCAGCAGCAACAGCAGCAGCAGCAGCAGCAACAACGACCAGGCGGCCAUAUCGAGGGCCGGGUACGGACGGAAAGCACCGAGACCAUUGAAGGACCUAACGGGAUCGGGAGCAUCGAGACCGUCUCGGUGUCAGUUAACGGCAUCCCGUCCACCGGCGCCGGCGUGGCUCUGCUCACCCAGCGCAGCGUCACCCAGGGUGAGCUCCUACGCCAGGAGCAGCGCGCUGGCCUCGUGCCGCUGAACCAGCUUAACAGACAGCAGCAGCCGUCGCAGCAGCAAACCCAGGGCGAUUCAGGCGCCACGACGGAGGAAGACGCCACCAUGACCGAGGGCACCGCUGAGGAGGAGGAAGAAGAGACGCCCCACGCCCGGGGCCCGGAGGAGAUCGGCGCCGCCGACAUGGGCCCGCAGAGCGCCGCGACGACCAACUACAUUGCCACCGGCGGCAGCCCGAUGAAUGUGCAGGGCCUCGACAUGGAGGCCGCCGUCGGGCGGCGUGUCCAGCCGGCCUCCCCCCAGCAGCAGCAGCAGGCGGGCGAUGACCAGGGCGGCGAAACCACACCAAAACGCGAGGCGGGUGACAGCCCGGAAGCGGCAUCCCCUGCUAAGAGGAGGAAGGACGACGAGCCCCAAGACCAAAACCAAAACCAAGACCCAGACCCCAAAAACACCACCACAGAGCCACAGCCCAAAGACGAAGACACCACCGCCUCGGAACCGAAGCGCGAUGCCGAAGGUGACGUCGUCCUUCCGGAUGCCGCCGCCUCCACCACCGAGGCGAGCAGUGGGCAACCGAAGUUCGCGACCAAGUCAGCGGACGGUGGCAAGGAAAACACCGAAAAGGACGACGGCGCCGGCAGUAGUGGCGACGGGGGUUCAGCGACGAAGCCAGACACGGCUUCCGCGCCGAAAACCGAGGAGCUAGACCGGUGGGUGUGA